UUCCCUCCCGCUCCCGGGCGGGGCGCGGGGCGGGGCCGCCCGGGCAGGUGCGGGCUCAGGAUGGCCCAGCGGGGCCGGGGGCUGCCCGAGCGGGCGGCGGAGCUGCGGAACAGGAUCGUGGACCGGUGUGAGCAGCUGCAGCUGCAGAGCGCGGCCAUCGCCCGGCACCUGGAGCAGGUGCUGCCCUCCAAGGACCAGGGCGUCCUGAGCGCGGCCAACGCGGCGCGGGAGCUGGUGAUCCAGAGGCUGAUCUUCGUGGGGAAGGCCUGUGAGGAUGAAGAGCAGCGGUUGCUGGAGAAGGUGCAGGUGGAGGAGGAGCGGGCGCAGCAGAGCAUCCUGAGCCAGCGGGCGCACUGGGCGGAGGCUCUGCAGAAGCUGGCUGCCCUCCGCACCUACCUGGUGGACAUGAUCACCCAGCUGGAUGACCAGGGCCUGGUGCACGCACAACAAGAGAUCUUUGAGAGGACAGAGGUGGCGGAGGGAAUCUUGGAGCCACAGGAGUCCCCAAAGUUAAACUUUAACCAGACGUGUGUCCAGAGUCCACUGCUGCAGCGCCUGUGGGCCUCUGCUGUUCUCUGCUGCCUGGCAGGCUCACAGGAGGUUCACAUCGAUGAGAAAACCGUCAGCCCCCAGCUCAGCCUGUCGGAAGACAAGAAAACCCUGACCUUCAGCCCCAAGAAAGCCAAGGUGGAGGAGGGCUGCCCCGAGCGCUUUGACCACUGGCCCAACGCUUUGGCUACCGCGCCUUUCCGCUCGGGAGUCUGCGCGUGGAGGGUCAGCGUGGAGAAGAGCUGUGCCUACAAGCUGGGGGUUUGCUACAGCUCCCUGCCACGCCGGGGGGCUGGCAACGAAGCCCGCCUGGGUUUCAACGCGGCCUCCUGGGUCUUCUCGCGCUACGACAAGGAGUUCCGGUUCCUGCACGCCGGGCAGGCGCGGCCGGUGCCGCUGCUCCGCUCCCCGGCCGAGAUCGGGGUGCUGCUUGACUUUGGGGGAGGGGAGCUGCUCUUUUACGACCCCGAUUCCUGCACCAUCCUCUUCUCCCACAGGGAGCCCUUUGGCGAGCCCCUCUACCCCGUCUUUGCUGUGGCCCACGAGAGCAUCUCGCUGGUGCGCUGAGCUGGGGUGUCUGCGGGGACGGUGUGCGCCCCGCGGCGCCUUCGGGGGGGAAGGGAGCCCAGGGGCUGCGGGCUGUGUACAGCAGAGCUUGGACAACACCUGCCUUCA